CUUUACUCUCUGAGUGUUUUUUCUACCCAGAUGUUUAAAGCGUUGUUUCCCAUCACCGCUGGAUGGCAGUGGCGGGACGGGCCACUCGCGGCGCUGUGUCCCUUUUGUGUUGCCAACCACCACCAGAGACAAACACCAAAACAAGGGCAUCUAGCCGUAACAUGCACAGCAGGCGUCGAGUCGAUGCUGUGGAGCAUUUUCUACGAGUUUGCGUUUGGAAGUUUUGAUAACACAGCACCUUGUACUUGCAGAAUGAAAUCUCAGCCUGCACAGUGACAUUAUCCUUAUAGACUCUGCAACCACUGACGAUUACGCAUCUGGAUUUUCGGAGCUAGCAGAGCUGCCUGCUAGAGACCCGGUGUACCGUCCACUGGAUACGACUCGGUGGCUACUGGCUCAUUUAGCUACUUGUCAGGUUUCUGCCUUCGACAACGACUACUUAGCUCAUGCUGUAGCCAAUGUACAAACGAAAAUGUAAAUUAGCAUGCGGCAAACGAGACGGGAAUUGGCAGUGCCAGUGAUGGCCUCCCCCCUCCCUGUCUCCUUAGUCCUGGUGCUUCUGCUGUGGGCUCAGACACCCCUGUGCCAAGCAGGGGACUGUAAGGGCCACAGACAGGUGUUAAGGGGGCCACCAGGCUAUGUCACAGAUGGACCAGGCAACUACUCUGUCAAUGGAAACUGCGAGUGGCUUAUUAAAGCUCCCAACAACAGCCACCGCAUUGUCUUGAAUUUCACCUUCAUGGACACAGAGUGUACGUAUGACUACCUCUUUGUGUAUGAUGGAGACUCCUACCAGAGCCCCCUCCUAGCCAGUCUGAGUGGCCACACUUUGCCUCAACCCAUUGAAGCCAAGUCUGGCAAGAUGCUGUUACAUCUCUUCAGUGAUGCUAACUACAAUCUCCUGGGUUUCAAUGCAACGUACACAUUCUCUCUGUGCCCUGGAGCCUGUGGCGGACAUGGUCGCUGUGAUUCUUCUACAUCAAAGUGCCACUGUCAUCAGGGAUGGACAGGAGCAUCUUGCACAACCCCUCUGUGCACACAGUCCUGUUCCGUGAAUGGCCAGUGUGACAAGAAAGGAGAGCGCUGUCUGUGUAACUCAGGCUUCCUGGGUCACAGCUGCCAGCUUGGUCUAAAUGACGACAGUGGGGCAGGGCAGUGGUGGCGUGUGAGUGAGGGGAACCCCUACACACCUCCCAGGACUGGCUCUGCUGGCGUGUACCUGUCCUCUACUAAAGCCAUGUACUUAUUUGGCGGUUUUGAUCUGAACAGAGCUCUUGGCGACUUGAUCAAAUACAACUUCACAUCCAACCAGUGGGAAAGCAGGUCUUAUGGUCACUCUCCCGUGGCUCGUCAUUCCCACACAGCCGUGGAGUAUCUGGGUAACAUGGUUAUCUUUGGAGGAGAGCUAGCCAACGGCUCCCUGAUCAGUGAUGUGUGGAUGUAUCGGCCGCUCCAUGAUGACUGGCAACAGCUUGGCUUCUCCCAUUCUCGUGGUGCUCCUAAACUGGCUAAUCAUGCGGCGGCUGUAGUGGACAGUAAUCUCUAUGUGUUUGGAGGGCGCACCGAGGAGGAUAUGUUUUCCUCUUCUCUGUAUCGGUUUGGACUGAAUGGCUCUGGACGAUGGGAGAUGGUUCACCCCACUGGUGGGAAGCCCCCGGCCACAGCUGGCCACUCCAUGGUGUUCCAUAGUCCAUCCAGGACCCUGCUGGUCUACGGAGGCCACAGGCCUACCACUGCCAGGUUCAGUGUGAGGGUGAACAACACUGACGUGUUCCACGUGGAAAGGCGGUUUUGGACGUCCUUCCGUUCACGUUUCCCAGCGACCGGCCCCAGAGAGAGAGCUUUCCACUCAGCCACGGUCAUUGGAAACUACAUGGUGGUCUAUGGGGGUAAUGUACACAUCCACUAUCAAGAAGAGAAGUGUUACGAUGAAGAGAUCUUCUUUUACCAUCUGGGCUGUCAUCAGUGGGUGUCUGCUGGGGAGAGGUGGUUACGCAGUGGUGAUUCGGUGAAGGGGCGUUACUCCCAUGUUGCCGCUGUGAUGGAGGGACGAGUGCUGCUGGUUGCUGGGGGCUAUAGUGGGGUUGCACGUGGAGACCUUGUGGCUUACAAAGUGCCACUAUUUGUCAGCAGCGAUCGAGGUGACAGGGAUGCUGUUUGUGCUGAGGCACUGGAUGAAAGUAUGUGCCUAAAGAACCCUGAGUGCAGCUGGUGCGAAGGCCGCUGUAGAGAAUACCAGCCCACAAACCCGUGUGGCAGCACUGGGUGCUUGGGCCUAGCUCGCUUCCUGGCUGACUGCCAGUCCUGUCUGGUGUUUAGUGGCACUCCAGCAUCUCUGGCCCGUGCGCCUGGCGAAUUUGGCUGGUGUGUUCAGAAUGAGUCCUGUCUACCAGUGUCAGAGCGAAGUGCGUGCCGUGUGGACCAGAUCUCAGGGGCGUACGGCUGGUGGGGGGAGCGUACCCUUUUCCUAACCUCCCUCCACUCCUGUCGCACCGAGAACUAUGUCCCGGGACUGCACCUGCUCACCUUCCAGCACCCCCGCAACGACUCCCAGCCUGACAAGGUGUCCAUUCUCCGCAGCGCCACCAUCAUCCUCAGCCCCACCACAGAAAUGGAUGUAGCCUUACAGUUCAGGGGCUUCAUCCACCCGUUGUGGGGGGCUCCACCGCCUGCACCCCCUCCUACAGAGACUGUCUCCAUGUGGGCUCGCAUCCAGAGGUUUCACUUUGAGGCUCGAAUGGCAUCAGGGCCCAACUCCAGCCAAUUGGAGGUGGUUGGUCGCUGGGCAGCCCAGCAGGAAAAGGAGUUGAAGCUGCUGGCUCGGACGGAUGGGAGUAGAUUGUUCUCCAACUUGACCAGGGGUAACCAUUACCUAGUCCAGGCUGAGGGCUACCUCAACAACUCUGGCUCAGGACAGACCAGUGAGAUGGCCCUGAUCUGGAACAGAACAUUGCCUAGAGGAAGUGAGAUCUCCUUCCUGUUCUUGGAGCCCUACCGCUCAGGUUCCUGCUCGGGCUACAUGUCCUGUCUGGCGUGUCUAUCUGACCAGUCUUGCGGCUGGUGCCCCUCUUUGUCCCGGUGCCUGUUGCGAGACAGCCCAGACCUGGAACUCUGCCCGGAGGGAGAGAAGGUUGAAGGCAAGGGAGGAGGGCAGCGCCAUCUGCUGUUAGCCCCUCAGCACUGCACAUUGUGUGAAGAAUACAGAGACUGCUCUGCUUGCACUCAGGACCCUUAUUGUGAGUGGCAGAUAACCUCCAGCAAGAAGGGAGACUACCAGUGCAGUCGACGAGGGAGACUAGAUGGAUCGAUACGUGACCCAGGGGGGUGUCCUAAAGUUUGCAACCAGAGAAAGACGUGUGGUGAGUGCCUCUCUAACUCCAGCCAGUGUGCAUGGUGUGAGUCAGCACAGGCCUGCUUCUAUUUUGCUGCAUACCUCACAAAAUACCCCUAUGGAGAGUGCAGGGACUGGUACGACAGUGUUCAUUCAGUCCCUCAGUGUAAGCAGUGUUCAGUGUUAAACACAUGCACCGACUGCCUGCGGAUGUUCCAGUGUGGCUGGUGUGGCGACUACAACAACCCUACGAUCGGAAAAUGUUUGAGGGGAGACUGGUCAGGAAUGGAUGAUCCAUCAGUGUAUAACUGCAGUGUAGCUGUGGCUGAAGCACGGGCUGCAAACCCUGAGCCCCAGACUUCGGCCCCACCUCGACCCCUUGAAAUGGAAUUGGAGUUGGAGCACUUGGAGAACGAAGAGCAAGAUGCAAUCUGGUCCUACCCCACUUGCCCGGAUGUAGAAGAAUGCAGGCUAGGCCUCCACAACUGUCACCCCUUUGCCACCUGCAUCAACACUCCCACCUCUUACGAAUGUCACUGUGAGAGAGGAUACACGGGGGACGGCACACUCCACUGCAACCAGACUUGUUAUAAUGAGUGUCGUGAAGGUCAGUGUAGUGGCAGCCCACGGUUUGAAUGUGAAUGUUCCCUGGGGUGGACUUCAGACCCUGCCACUCUGGUUCUGAGUGGUGUUGAAUGUGAUGUGGACUGCGGCUGCAACUUCCACUCCACCUGUAUCACUGCUCCAGGGAUCUGUGAUGAAUGCCAGGACUGGACGACAGGGCCUCACUGUGAGCACUGCCGCCCAGGUAGCUUUGGCUCUGCUCUGGCUGGUGGGGGCGGCUGUGUUCCUUGUGAGUGUAACGGUCACGGUGAUCCUCUCCAAGGAUACUGCCACAACCAGACAGGCCAGUGCUACUGCACCCACAACACACAGGGACCACAUUGUGAGUCUUGCCUACCUGGUUACUACGGAGACCCCAGGAACAAUGGCACAUGCUACCGCCAGUGCCAGGGCCGUUCUGUCCUGCUCUCCUCCACCUCAUCUUCCACCAUUCCUCUGUCCUCUUCUUUGGGAUGGCGGAGUGGCACAGAGGGUAGAGCAGGACUUUCUCAUUGUCUGUGGGUCCUAUCUGUGACUGAGAACCUGGCACCUUGCCUGCCCCGACAACUCUGUCCCCCAGUAGCCCUCACUCUACACCCAGACUCUCAUACAUACUGUAAAAGCUCUUAUGUUUAUGUGUUUGAUGGCCUUCCUCGAUUUCUGGGCAAUGGAGUGGUGCAUUCUGAUCACAACCUAAUUGGAGCGUUCUGUGGCACCACGAGGACUGAGCCAAUCACAGUAGAGGCCACCUCAGGUGUGAUCUCGGUCUACUACGAAGCCAAUGUCUCAUCAAACAAACCUCAGGGAUUCAACGCGUCUUUCUGGGUUCGACGGUGUCAGCAGAGCUCUGAUGAGGGUGAAGAGGGAUCAUCUGCAUGUCCAAGUGGAACCCAGUGCCAGGGUGGGCUCUGCCAGUGCCAUCAGGGAUAUGGGGGACCGCACUGCGACCGGCCAAUAUGCCCUCAGGACUGUGGAAUCACAGAAGGAAGAGGAGUUUGUAAUACAUCUCUGGGAGUGUGUGUGUGUUUAGACGGCUGGGCCGGCUCAGACUGCUCUGUUCCUCGAGACGCCAACAGCUUGGUUUGGGAAACACUGCUGGACACGCAGCUGACAGUGAACCAAGCCCACAGGUUCCUACACAGGAUGGGACAUUCUUUAGUGUCUGGACCACAGGGCAACCUCUGGAUGUAUGGGGGUCUUUCUCUGUCAGAGGGGAUUCUGGGAAAUGUCUACAGAUAUUCUGUGUUGGAGCAUCGUUGGACCCAAAUGUUGACCAGCUCUGUGGAAGAAGGUGUGACUCCUGUCGCUCGCUAUCACCACGCCUCUGCGCUGCUGACCAGUCAUGACUCUGGUUCUGGAGGUCACGGGGGCGGUCACAGCUUCAUGUUAGUGGUGGGGGGUGUCACUCAAAAUGGUGUUGCCACGGAUACAUGGAGUCUCAAUCUGAGCAGUUUAGUCUGGAGAGAACAUAAGAGCUCAGUGCUGCCUCCAGUGGCAGGUCACACUUUAACUGUGCGUCGAGACUCUUCUGUGAUAUUAAUUGGAGGUUACUCUCCAGAGAAUGGCUUCAAUCAUCAUCUACUUGAGUUUAGCCCUCAUUCUGGAAACUGGACAGUUGCCGCCCACACUGGCACACCACCUACAGGUCUAUAUGGCCACUCUGCAGUCUACCAUGAACAGACUGAUGCCAUCUAUGUCUUUGGAGGCUACCGCUUCCAUGUGGAGACAGUGGAACCAUCUGGUGAACUCUACAGUCUCUAUUACCCCAACCUCACCUGGUCUUUGCUGGUCCCCUCACAGGGGAAUAAGCCCCUGUCACGUUUCUUCCAUGCUGCAGCGUUGAUCAAAGACACCAUGGUCAUUGUUGGCGGAAGAACAGAAGCAGAAGACUACAGUAACUCUGUGUCCUUGUAUCAGAUCAAUUGUAACACCUGGAUACAACCAGUCUCAGCCGUAGGAGAUCCAGUAAAUCGUUCAGUGUCUCUUGCCAUGACGAGCUGGGGCGGCCGCCUCUUUCUGUCAGGAGGCUUCAAUGGGGUCACGCUGGGCAGACUUCUCACGCUGAAUGUGCCCUCUGACCCCUGUGCCCUGCUGCCUACGCCAGAGGCAUGCAAUACCACCACAGGCAGCUGUGUGUGGUGUAGGGGAACCUGUGCUUCUUCUGAUACUGCUGAGAGAAUGGGCUGCUUCACCGGCCAGUCCCCCUGUGCUCCAACCCCUCGUCAACCAGACCAGUGUCGCAGACUCAAGACCUGCAGUGAAUGCCUUGCGAGACACCCCAAAACAUUCUCCACUCCAUCACAGCCUGCUUUGCAGUGUAAAUGGUGCACCAACUGUCCAGAGGGGGCUUGUAUCAGCAGUUCUGUUAGCUGUACAUCUGAACAUGACUGCCGCAUCAACCAGAGGGAGAUUUUCCUUUCCAGCAACUGCACUGAGACGAGCUGUGAGGCUUCUGACUGCCCUAAGUGUACCGCUUCUGGAAAAUGCAUGUGGACCCGUCAGUUCAAACGUACAGGCGAGACCAGGCGCAUCCUGAGUGUGAACCCAACUUAUGACUGGACGUGUUUCAGCUACGCUCUGCUCAACGUCUCACCCAUGCAGGUGGAGUCGUCUCCUCCUCUGCCAUGCCCUCCUCCCUGUCACAGUCUCCAUAACUGCAGCCUCUGUCUGGGCUCCAGAGGCUCCGACGGGGGCUGGCAGCACUGUGUGUGGAGUAUGGCUCUGCAGCAGUGCAUGAGCCCGUCUUUUGUGCCGCUCCGCUGUGAGGCAGGUCAGUGUGGCCGAUUGCUCUCUGGGGGAGACUCCUGCUCCCCUCAGUGCUCCCAGCUCACCCAGUGCUCCCAGUGCAUCGCCAGGCCUCAGUGUGGCUGGUGUGCUGCUCGGGAUGGCAACGGGGCUGGACGCUGUCUGCAAGGAGGACUAGAUGGUGUGAGUCAGGGUGUUUGCCCUAUGAGAAACAGCAGCUGGUCUUUCCUCCACUGUCCAGAGGAAGAUGAGUGCGCUAACGGCCAUCACCACUGCAACAGCACUCAGGACUGCCAUGACCUACCCCAGGGAUACCACUGCACCUGCAAACAGGGUUACAUACUGAGCAGUGUUUCCGGUCAGUGUGAGCCAGUCUGUGCACAAGGCUGCGUGAACGGAACAUGUGUGUCACCAGGCAUUUGCCAGUGCCACUUUGGCUUUGUCGGAGAUAACUGCUCCUCUCAGUGCAGCUGCAACAAGCACAGCAACUGUGCUGGUGUUAACAAACCUGAUGUUUGUCUGGAGUGCCACAAUAACACUAUAGGUAAGCAUUGUGAGAAGUGUAAGCCUCUGUUUGUGGGCUCAGCCAAAGGGGGUGGAACUUGUCAUCCAUGUCGGGAGUUUUGCAAGGGAAACAGCGCUGUGUGUCUGUCCCGGGAUGAACAUAAGAAGGCCCUUGACAAUCCACGGCUAUUUCCUCUGGACCCCAACAGUAUUCAGAACUGGGUGUUUGAGGGUCCCACAGAAGACAAUGCCGUGUGUGUGAACUGCCAGAACAACAGCGUAGGGGAUAAGUGUGAGAGCUGCCUAAGUGGCUACUUCCUGCUGCAGGGGAAGUGUGAGAAGUGUCAGUGUAACGGCCAUGCAGACACAUGUAAUGAACACGACGGUACGGGUUGCCCCUGCCAAAACAACACGGAGACCUCCUCCUGCCUCAGCAGCCCUCAGACAGACCGGAAAGACUGCUACAGACAACAAUGUGCCAAGUGCAAGGAUUCCUUCAACGGCACACCAGUGAAUGGACGUCAGUGUUACCGUCAGUUCAAUGUGGACACCGAGUGCUGCUUUGACCCCACAUCCCAAACCAACUGCUUUCAUGAUCCCACUAUUCGCAACCUGCCCAAAGGCCGCACUGUGUUCUUCGCUGCCCAGCCAAAGUUCACUAAUGUGGACAUUCGGGUCACAAUUGAUGUUACCUUUGGUGAGGUGGAGGUCUAUGUGUCUAACUCUCAUGACACCUUCAUUGUGGAUGUGGACCGAUACACGGGGAUUCACGCCAUCAAAAUUGAGGACGAGUCAGCGACUCGGGGGGCAACUUCUGGAGGAGAUAAGGAUUCACCUCCGUCCCCUAUAAAGGUGUUUGCAAACGCCUCGUCCAGCCUUGGAGGUCCCGUGCUCUCCCCCAACCCACUGCAACUGCAGGCAAAGCCCCCAGGGGCCGAGAGAGAAAUAAGAGAGGAGCGUGCUGAAGGACUCAUUACCUACAUCACCGUGUGGAAACCACAGACGGUGUUGAUUGUCCGAGGCGUUCGGGAUCGCGUGGUCAUCACCUUCCCACAUGAGGUGCACUCCCUGAAAUCGAGCCGCUUCUACAUUGCUCUGAGGGGGGUGGGAACGGCUGAGAGGCAGGGGGAGUCCCAAGGCCUGCUGUUCCUGCGACAGGACCAAGCCCACAUCGAUCUUUUCGUUUUCUUCUCCGUUUUCUUCUCCUGUUUUUUCCUCUUCCUGUCUGUCUGCGUCCUCUUGUGGAAGGUGAAGCAGUUCCUGGAUUUCCGUCGGGAGCAGCGUCGCCACAUACAAGAGAUGACCAAAAUGGCAUCGAGGCCCUUUGCCAAACUCACCAUAUACCUUGAGCCGGAGGAGCCUCAGCUCAUCUACCUGCCUUCAGCUGGUGGAGGGGUGGGGGGCAGCACUGUAUCACUUGCUCAUGCCCGCACGUGCAAGUUGGGUGGAGUAGUGGUGGGCCAGAGGGGUAGAGCAGGAGCCGUCUCUUAUAAACAUGACCCAGGCUCCGGACCCACAGCCCACCACCACCACCACCUCACCUUGGGCGGAGGGGUCAACAGCGGCCAGCACCUGCCGCUGCACUACCUGAACACCCAUCACUAUGCCAGCACCACAGCUGGCACCCCGGCCUCACAUCACCACCACUCAACCACAUACAGCGGCUACCAGCACUUCUGCCGCUCCGACCCUUUCCUCUCUCAGCUCAUGGGCUUUUCCUACUCCUCCUUUAAGGUGGGGCCAAUCACCCUGGAGCCAACGGAUGACGGCAUGGCUGGCGUCGCCACCGUCCUCUUCCAGCUGCCUGGGGGGGUCUUGGCUCCAAAUCGUGCCUGUCUGGGCUCCGCUCUGGUUACUUUGCGUCAGAACCUGCAAGAAUACUGUGGCCACGGCAAUGGAGGCGGGCAUCCGGGGGCUGGCGCAGGGCGCAAGGGGCUGCUAGGGCAUCAGCACCUGACCACUAUGGCUAUGUAGGGAAAACAAGCAAAAUAUAUAAAUGAAAGACAGAGAUGGGAAGGAUGGAAUAAGCUUGUAAAAUGUUUGGUAUAUAAUAAAUUAAUUUUUUGAAACAUAGCCGCAGGGCAGAAGUCCAAAAGAAAGAGUUAUGUCAGCGGCAGAUCACUAGAGCAUUUUGAACAGAGAUGUACAUACACUGUAUAAUGAAUUAAUACAUGUUUUAUUGUAUUAUGUAUUGCUAUACUUUAUUUCAGUGCUUCACGUGACCAAGCCGGCUGUCUCUAGAAUGCACUACAACUGCUAUGCGUAUCAAAACACUGUCACAUUGUGUCUGUGAUCACUAAAGAGGUAUGAGCACAGUCCAGUUUCAGUCUCACAUGACCGAAACUGGACUCUUGUUAAGAUUAUUCAUUGACAAACAGAGCUGUAAAAAAAAAAAAAAAAAAAAAAAGAUGUGCUAGCUUUGGAACCAACAUGUGCUUUAUACCCCAAAAAGUGACAAUCAAAGUUGCCAUUAAGAACAAAAGACUUAAAUUGGUUCAUAUAAUGUGCAAGAUUUUGAUUGUCAGCCCAGUGCUGGAAAAAAUAGAAGCUGCUUGCAAGAUGGUUUUUAUAUCAUAGUCAAUACGAGCGAUUUAUAGUUGCAACUAGGUAUAUGGCAGGCUUCUAAGCUACGAGUAUAUGUUAAGCAGACUUCUGAGUAUGUUUUUGCAUAUUCAUUCACCUGCUCUGUUACAUUUUUUGUCUUUCUGCUCAUCUGCCUUCACUUCUUGCCUUGUCUGUGAGUCAACUGGCUUACACUUAAUAUUUGUGUUAAUGGAAGUGUUGUGGACGUAAAAAAAAAAAACAUUUUGUUUCAUAAGUUGUUUUUUGUAAAAGAAAUUAAUGAUGUUUUUAAUAUUGGUCUUCAGUUCAUGAUGCUCUAAUAUUAACAGAACUCGUCCACAAAAAAUGAAAAAACAAUGUCAUCUUUGAAAAAAACAAACAAAAAAAACAUUUAAUUACAUUUUGUUCACAGGAAAUGUAUGUUAGUGUUUGGCUAGUUUUGCUGGAUGGCUUUUUUCAGGUAACCUGCCUGCUUAGAUGAUUGUAUUCACCAAUCAGAACUACAAUUGGAUUAAAAAAAAUAGGAAUAUAUACGCAAUGAAAAAUGUUACUCAGUUGAAAUCACAAUGACGAAGGAAAUAGUUACACUAGAAAGUUCUCCUGGUGAGAGAUUUUGGGAAGAUUUGACAGCAUUUUUAGACUGAAUUACUUCUUCCCUGGUUUGUGUUGGCGUUAGUAUUUUCGUUUUCCUUUUUGCACUGCAUGGAGCCAAUGAGCCCCAUUAUUCAUAUGAAAUGUGAGAGUGGUGGGGGUUGGUGGUUCGUCCAGACUCAGAUGGCGCACAUCAUCUUUGAUGAACUGAAUGGUGCUGCUGGCUUCUUAUUAACUACACAAAACUUUAUGUUUUCAUGAAUUGCAGCAAACUAAAACUCAGAUGAAUACUGUUACUAUCCAUAGCAGCCCUCCACAAACGCGCAGUAAAACUUUUUUUUUUAAUGUCCUGUGUUUUUGUGUAUGUUUGUUUUGUUUUUUUUAAACAUACUUUAUUUUUGUACAUACGUUUUGUUGUGGUUGUUGUUUUUGUUUAAAGAAGGGAACAGUGUUGUACAAAAGACUGCGUGGAAAUUCUGUCCUGAGUCAGCAGAAAUAAAGUCUGUGGAACAUG